AAGGAGGACUCACUCUGCUUCAGUGCUCCUUCUUAAGAAGGCUGCACAGAAAACAGUCUGUUUGCAACAAUGGGGUCCAGGCUGCCUAUUGUGUUCAGCUUUUUGUUUGCAUGUGUCAGGCUUAGUGAUGCUCGGCUCCUCAGUAUGAGUGUGCCAACCCGCCGGGGGGUCGAGCAGCAGAAGCCUGCAGUGCUGGAAGUUGAACCAGCAGCAGAACCUGAGAGAGAGCACUCCAGUCAGUCUGCUCGACAAACCGACAGCCUUCAGUCGAAGCAGACGCCACCGGCAGCCAGCCCCUUCUCCUGGAAGUUUCCAGAGGACCCAGUGGAUCCAGUGAAUGAGCCACCUGCUGAGUUCAAACUGCCACAGCCAGUGGUGACCAACCGUGUCGCUGUGAGGUGUGGGGAGAGUAAGAUCCAGGUGGAAGUGAAUCAGGACCUGCAGGGCCUCGGCAGGCUGAUAGAUCCAGAGGACAUCACACUUGGUGGUUGUUCAGCCACUGAGAUUGACGACUUGUCUCAUGUACUGAUUUUUGAAUCUGAGUUGCACGGCUGUGGCAGCGUGCCGGUGAUGACAGAGAUUGCCUUAAUCUAUGCCUUUACACUGGUCUACAACCCCAAAGUGUUGGGCGGAAGUCCCAUCAUAAGGAGACAGAGUGCUGUGAUUGGAGUUGAAUGCCACUACCUGAGGAAGCAGAGUUUGAGCCAUCUGCAUCUUGCCUGGAAGCACAACAAAGAUGCUGUGGAGGCUGAGCAGCAGCCGCGUUUCUCUCUACAGCUCAUGGAUGAUGACUGGCUGUCUGAGAGAACCUCCAGCAAGUAUGCCUUGGGAGAUACCAUCAACAUGCAGGCAUCGGUCAUGCGAAGCAAUCACACACCCCUCAGAGUGUUGGCGAAGAGUUGUGUUGCCACCAAAUGGCCAGACUCUACUUCAGAGCCAAGACAUGCUUUUAUAAAGAACAAUGGGUGCUUGGGGGGCAGACACACGGGUUCCAGGUUCAGACCUCAGACUCGCCCUGAAAAGCUUCAAUUUCAGGUCAAAUCCUACAGCUUUCGUCCACUGAGGACGAUGUACAUCACUUGCAAAUUGAAGGCCAUCCCAGCUUCCUCCCCAGUCACCAUUCAGCACAAGGCGUGUUCCUUUGAUGUGGGUAGGUGGAGUGAAGCUACUGGUAAACAUCAGUUCUGUUCCUGCUGUGAGGACGCACGUGCAAUGAGGAAGAUUCGAGAUGUGGAUGCGGCGAUAAAAGAUGAGCAAUGGGAAGCUAAAGUGACCCUGGGACCCAUUGACAUAGAAUGAAACCUUUUACAUAUUUUGUUCAACAAUAAAGUGAUUAUUUUUUAAAA